AUGGAAAGCACUUCAGAAGAGGGAACAAAGGCUCCAGAACCCCGCAAAUGGGCAGUGACAAGGCAGCUUGUGCUGGUGACACUGGUUACUUCCUUCGGAUCGUCUCUCCAGUAUGGUUACAACCUCUGGGUGGCUAACCACCCUGCUACGCUCGUCCAAGUCUUUCACAACAGCACCCUUCAAAAGAAGAAGAUCACCAUUGAAGCGAGCUUACUCACCCUCCUCUACAGUCUAACCAAUUCAACCUUCUCGCUCGGAGGCCUAAUUGGAUCUCUGUUGGUCAGUCCCAUGGUGGAUAGAUGCGGCAGGAAAGGUGCCUUGGUACUGAAUAACAUUUAUUCCAUCUUCGCAUCUCUCAUCCUGGGUUGUUCUGCUGUGGUCCGUGCCUAUGAAUACGCCAUAUUUUCACGCUUGGUCAUCGGAGUAAGCUCAGGCAUAUUCUCUUCUGCUGUCCCAUUGUACCUCGGAGAGGUGGCCCCCCGAAAUCUGAGGGGAUCUGUCAUUAUAGUGUCCCUUAUCUUUCUCACCGCUGGUAUCUUGAUCUCACAGAUCCUUAGUCUCCAAAAAUUCUUGGGGGCCCAAAAAGACUGGCCCAUACUGCUGAGCCUCAAUGGAUUCUUGGCGGUGUUUCAAGUCAUCGUAUUGCCCACCUUCCCCGAAAGUCCAAGGUAUCUACUGAUUCAGAAGAAGGACGAGGAGAAAGCCAGGCAAGCCUUGAAGAAGCUGAGAUGCCAGGACGAUGUAGAGAGUGAGGUGGAAGAACUCUAUGAGGAGGACAUCUCGGAAAAGAUGGAAAAGGAUAUGAACGGACUCAAGCUGCUGUGCUACCGAGGUCUGCGUUGGCAAGUCAUCUCCGUUGCCAUCUUGAUGGGUGGCCAGCAGCUGACAGGCUUCACCGCGGUGAUAUAUUAUGCAAAUAAAAUCUACAUCACGACGCAUCUAAAGAAGCAGGAAGCUCAUUAUUACAAUGUCUUGUCAGUGGCUUUUUUAAUUUUCACGUUGAUGGUCAUGGCAUAUACAGUAGAUUCUGUGGGGCGAAGGAUUCUCAUUCUCACUGGAUUUGGCAUCUGCAGUAUCGCUUGUAUUUUGUUAGCCAUGACCAUUGAACUUCAGCCCGGCAUGCCAUGGAUGUCGUACGUCACCAGAGUUCUCUUCUUCCUCUUCUUCUUUGGACACACCCUCGGGCCAGCGUCGAUUCCCUAUGUGUUGAUGCUGGAACUAUUCCUUCAGUCAUCCCGGUCCACUGCCUUCGCCAUCGGGGGAUUUGUGCAGUGGCUUCUGCAGUUCCUUGUAAAGCUCUUUUUCCUUCAGAUAGAGAUCCGGAUUGGCUCUUACACCUUUCUCCUGUUCUGGCCUAUCUGCAUAGCUGUAUUUAUUUAUAUCUUCAAGAUUGUCCCAGAAACCAAGAACAAGACCUUUGUGGACAUCAAGAGGUUAAUGUCUGCCAAUAUGGCCAAGAAGAUCCAGGUGCAAGGGGCAAAUCCCGAACACAGUAAAACUAGGAAACGGGCAACACAUCACAGUGUUAAAGCAAUGCGCAGGGCUACAAUGCCCUCUUAAUAUUGGCCUACAGCUUUUGUUGGCACGCGAAAUGCAGCAGUUUCUCUUCUUGUCAAAGACAUCGCCUGUUCCUGU